CGGGGCGCGGGGGUGAGCGGGCGGGGAGGGCCCGAGGCGAGCUCUGCCCGGAUGAGGAACAAAGCGGUGGGGCAGGCGCGCGCGCCCCCCGCGCGGCCGGCAGGUUGGGCAGGUCCCUCCCGAAGCUUCUGGAGGAAGAGCCCCGGGUGCCCCCCGGCAUGCCCCAUCUCGCGGCGGGGUGCGCGGCCGCUGGCCCUAGGGACAAGUUGGGCGGCCCCGGGCGGCCGCGGGGCCGAGCGGCCGCGCCUGUGCAGCGGUUGUGAGCAAGAUGCGGUAGCACGUGACCCUGGAACGCAGACCCUGAUGCCGGUUCCCCGCCACCCGUGUGUUCCUUUCUCUGACGCUUGGCCCCAAGCAGAUGCAUCACAGGAUGAAUGAAAUGAACCUGAGCCCAGUGGGGAUGGAGCAGCUGACUUCAUCCUCUGUGAGCAAUGCCUUGCCAGUCUCAGGGAGUCAUCUAGGGUUGGCUGCCUCACCCACUCACAAUGCCAUCCCUGCCCCAGGCCUGCCAGUGGCAAUUCCAAACCUGGGUCCCUCCCUGAGCUCUUUGCCUUCUGCUUUGUCUCUAAUGCUCCCAAUGGGUAUUGGGGAUCGAGGGGUGAUGUGCGGGUUACCCGAAAGAAACUACACCCUACCUCCACCACCGUACCCCCACCUGGAGAGCAGUUACUUCAGAACCAUUCUACCUGGCAUUUUAUCUUAUUUAGCUGACAGACCACCUCCUCAGUAUAUACACCCUAACUCUAUAAAUGUUGAUGGUAAUACAGCACUGUCUAUCGCCAAUAACGCUUCAGCUUUAGAUCCCUAUCAGUCCAGUGGAAAUGUUGGAUUGGAGCCAGGCAUUGUUUCAAUAGACUCUCGCUCUGUGAAUACACAUGGUGCCCAAAGUCUUCAUCCCAGUGAUGGCCACGAGGUGGCCUUGGACACAACAAUCACUAUGGAGAACGUCUCUAGGGUUACCAGCCCAAUCUCUACAGAUGGAAUGGCAGAAGAACUUACGAUGGAUGGUGUUGCAGGCGAGCAUUCCCAGAUCCCAAAUGGCUCCAGAAGUCAUGAACCUUUGUCUGUUGAUUCUGUGAGCAGCAAUCUUGCAGCAGACACUGUAGGACAUGGUGGUGUGAUACCCAUUCAUGGGAAUGGCCUGGAGCUCCCUGUGGUCAUGGAGACGGACCACAUUGCAAGUCGGGUCAACGGGAUGUCUGACAGUGCCCUCAGUGACUCCAUUCACACCGUGGCCAUGAGCACCAACUCUGUAAGCGUGGCACUCUCUACCUCACACAACCUCGCCUCCCUAGAAUCUGUUUCCCUCCAUGAAGUUGGCCUAAGCCUAGAACCUGUGGCUGUCUCCUCCAUCACCCAGGAGGUUGCUAUGGGGACAGGUCAUGUAGAUGUAUCUUCAGACAGUCUUUCUUUUGUACCACCUUCACUGCAAAUGGAAGACUCCAAUUCAAACAAGGAAAAUAUGGCAACCUUGUUUACAAUUUGGUGCACUCUCUGUGACCGAGCCUAUCCCUCAGACUGCCCCGAUCAUGGACCAGUGACUUUUGUUCCUGACACUCCAAUAGAGAGCAGAGCAAGGCUUUCUCUCCCAAAGCAGCUUGUCCUCCGCCAGUCAGUGGUUGGAGCAGAAGUUGUUGAUGUCUUUUCACUGAUAGGAGUGUGGACUGGAGAAACCAUUCCCGUGCGGACUUGCUUUGGGCCUUUAAUUGGCCAACAGAGCCACUCCAUGGAAGUAGCAGAAUGGACAGACAAGGCAGUCAACCAUAUCUGGAAGAUAUACCACAAUGGUGUCCUAGAAUUCUGCAUCAUCACAACUGAUGAAAAUGAAUGUAAUUGGAUGAUGUUUGUGCGUAAAGCCAGGAACCGGGAAGAGCAGAAUUUGGUGGCUUAUCCCCAUGAUGGAAAAAUCUAUUUCUGCACCUCACAGGAUAUCCCUCCUGAAAAUGAACUGCUUUUUUAUUACAGCCGGGAUUAUGCUCAGCAGAUUGGUGCUCCUGAACAUCCAGAUGUGCACCUCUGUAACUGUGGCAAGGAAUGCAGUUCCUAUACAGAGUUCAAAGCUCACCUUACCAGCCACAUCCAUACCCAUCUUCAUAGCCAGGGCCACAGCAGCAGCCAUGGGCCGAGCCACAGCAAAGAAAGGAAGUGGAAGUGCUCAAUGUGCCCCCAGGCUUUUAUCUCUCCUUCCAAACUUCAUGUCCACUUUAUGGGUCACAUGGGUAUGAAGCCCCACAAGUGUGAUUUCUGUAGCAAGGCUUUUAGUGAUCCCAGCAACCUGCGGACCCACCUCAAGAUACAUACAGGUCAGAAGAACUACAGAUGUACUUUGUGUGACAAGUCUUUCACCCAGAAGGCUCACCUAGAGUCCCACAUGGUUAUCCAUACGGGUGAGAAGAAUCUCAAGUGUGAUUACUGUGACAAGUUGUUUAUGCGGAGGCAGGACCUCAAGCAGCAUGUGCUCAUCCACACACAAGAACGCCAGAUCAAGUGUCCCAAGUGUGAUAAGCUGUUCUUGAGAACAAAUCACUUGAAGAAACAUCUUAAUUCUCACGAAGGAAAACGGGAUUAUGUCUGUGAAAAAUGUACAAAGGCUUAUCUUACCAAAUAUCAUCUCACCCGCCACCUGAAAACCUGCAAAGGUCCCACUUCCAGUUCAUCAGCACAAGAAGAGGAAGAAGAGGAUGACUCAGAAGAGGAAGAACUAGCAGACUCUGUGGGGACAGAAGACUGUCGGAUUAACAAUGCUGUGUAUUCAGCAGAUGAGUCUCUCUCAGCACAUAAAUAAAAGCCAACUAUUUUGGAUGGAAAAUGCAAAAGGGAAAAACAUAUACAACCAGUUACCCACUUUGGUGAUUUUUAUAUAUAAUGGUUUCUGAUUUUCUUCCUGUCAACAGUCAAAGCAAACUGAAUGGAGGCGGAUAAAGCACUUAUAGAAGAAUAUCCUAAUGAAAACACUUUAGAACAGAUGGGGAAAAGAGAGCAGGGAACCUAAUUUUAAGUGCUGUAUGAGGAGGAAAGUGUUAGCUUUUGAAGUCUGUUCCUUAUUUAUACAAUGAACUAGGUGAUGCAUUUAUACCUGAGUCAGAGCUAUCCUCUGCCCAAACAAAUGAGAUUUAUUUUAAAUUCUUUCAUUGUUGCAUUUUCCUCCCAGCCCUAUGACGUGGUAGCAUUCUAAACUUGGUCCCUGCCUCAUAGUCAUCCCGAUUGCUAAUAGUGGUUCUGGAGCUGUGUUUUAUGUAGACUGUUGUGACUCAAGUCAUCUCAGAUGGAUUGGAACACAGCAAUGUAAGCUUGUUACUUUGACUUCAGCUGACAAGUUUAAGCACCACCUGCCUUAAUCUCUCUUGGCUACUUGGGAGUUUAGGGUAGAUCUUGCUUCCCAAGAUUUCAGCAGAUGCCUAGAGGGUAGAUGAAAAAAGGACCAGCCAGGCAACAGGCAAUGGUGGAUGAAAGAAAAGGAGAGACACCAGGGCCACUGUUCAAAAAAAGCUUUGAUGGAAGCCAGGUUGAGACACAUGGUUAUUGUUCUUUAAAAUCUUUGUAGGUUUAGACAUGUCUCUCUCUGACUCCAGUAAAGCCUCUAGAAAAAGGGGACCUGGAAGUGUAGUGAGUCAAAUAAUGCCUGCUUAGUUGUCUCCUGUCAACAAGCACAUGUGGACUCAGGUGGCAAAGUGGUACCUUGGAUCAUGGAAAGAAGGGAAUGAUCCUUUGUAUCUGGCCUAUCCUACAAAGAAUACACCAUUAAAUGUUGGCAACUCAGAAUGACAAAUGAUUUCAAUCACAUUGGUGCAUUUGCAGGGUCAGACCUUCUCAGUUGUCUGAUGAAGGAUCUCCUCAGUUACGCAUGGUGGGUGCCAACAGAUUUCAAAGGUAUAGAAGGCUUAAUGUUCACCACAUGGGUGUGUUUUCAGGGUCCCAGCUUAGUUAAUUCAUCCAUCCGUCUGGUCUUUCACCUGGUCUCACAUGUAUAUCCUGCUUUUAGCAAGAAGCAGACACAUCCUUGAAAUGAUGGUUGAUGGAACAUGCUCCUGCUCUUUGGUGCAACCUCUGGGCUGGAGAAGAGAGGACUCUGGUGGGAGGGUUUUGCUGCUAAUGUAUUUAUGGAAUGAAUGUAUUUCAUUCAAAUCUGUAUUCCUCUAGGAAGGAUUAAAAUAAAGACCUUUUUUUAAAUACAGGA